AAGACAACAUUAGUCAUAAAGAUUCUAGAAGGUAUGUAAGUGCUGGAGAGAGAGAAACUCAAUGAAGACUUAACUUAUGAGAUCUUAAAUUUGAGAAGAGGGAUCACUUGCACAGUUCAAAAUGGUCCUACAGAGAAUAAGCACAUUGGUAUUGGUGUCUUUCCUGAGCUGUGCUGGUUUGACAAAAUCCUGCCCAAAUUACACUGAUCCUCAUUAUGUAAACAUUACCCGGACCUCUGGAUUUCCCAUUUCCCAUUCUUAUGAUUCUCUGGAGCCUUUGUACAAUUUUGCACGCUUGUUUCUUGGGGCUGUGCAGCCAAACGAAUUUCCAUUAGAUAUAGCGUCUUGGGCAUCAAAGAAUGAAAAACAAAAAAUGUCACAGAUUGUACAGUAUGAGGCCGGGUACAUUGUUUGCCUCAUUCUGGUUGUUCUGUACCUGUUGAUUAUGCCAAUUGUGGGUGGAGUGCUUGCAUGGAAUUUUUUCCAUCGCAGUACUGUUGCAGUGAUUGACAGGUCAUCACCCCUGUCAUCGCCAUGGUACAAAAAGGAUAUUACAGUGAUAACAUGCCUGUCCAUCGUAGCUGUCCUUUUGCUGGUAGGAAUAUUUUUGACAUUUACCACCAACAACAGAGUACAUGAAAACAUGAGUCCCAGUUUGAAUCACCUGAGAAAUGACAUCAGAUAUGCUGAGAAUGCAUUUAAAUCAAUCCAGAAGAAAAUAAACAUUAUUAUCAAGCAGUUCUCGGUUCCUCAAGAAGAGAUCACAAGAGACUUAGAAGGGAUGGGGAAUUUGUUUGGUUCAACAAUCGUGUCAUCUUUUAAUACCCAAGUUAAUAACGCUCUCUUUCACAUUGCUCACACUAUUCAAGAUGCCUCUAGAGCACAGGGUAGUCUUCAGAUCUUUGAAGAAACAAGAAUAUCCAUGCAGACACGCCACAGCUAUCUGGAGUCUGAACUGCAGUGGUUGCAGAGCAGGUUGCACAGUCUCAAGAACAAUUGCUCACAAAGCUGUGAGAUCCUGGAAGGCACCGAUCUGGAGUCAGAUGCAAAUUAUUACCUGAUUCCUAAUUUGGAUGAACAGCUGCAACACUUGAGUUCUGUAUCUGCACUGGAGGGUCUGGUGGAGCAGGCUAAUUCAUCAUUUUACUCCAUCCCUCAAAAUUACAUUUCUCAGACUGCACCAAAAAUCGCAGCACUGGUUGCUGACUUAAAUGAGAUGAGGGAUUUGUUUGAAAACAGCAGUGACCAGAUUCCGUCUCUAAACUCACUCUCAACCACUGCAUCUGAUGUGCUUUCAAUACUAAACAGAUACCACGGGAACAUCAAAUACUAUGAGUAUAUCAGGUGGUCAUUAUCAGUGGUGUUCUGCACCCUGGUUCUGAUCAUAGUAUUGCUGAUGUUUGCUGGACUGGCUAUUUGUGUUCCUCUGAUUUUCUUUCCCGCUGUUUACCCUGUGUACCUGAACAACCAACUGAGACUGUCAGCCAUCUACCUGCUCAGGGUAGCUGCUGGUAUGAUAUUCAUCUUUUCUUGGCUCUUCAUAAUCAUGGUCUUCAUCACUCUUUUCUUUGGAGGAAAUACUUACACACUAGGCUGCAAGGCUUGGACCAGUGGGAAGAUUUUUGAGUUCUUGGACACACAGGAGAAUCUCUUCAUCAGUUUAAACACUACCACAGAGUUCAAUGCCAUUCAUGCCUCCAAUAGAAACACCACCCAUCAAAAACAUUCACUUACCACAACUGACGCCUCAACAAUGCAAACGUUCAACAUAAUACAGACUGCAAAUGGGACCACAAAUGACACUUUGCCCAAGCUAAAUAUCAAUACUUCAGAGAUAUACCAUGGCUGCAGAGCAGGAAGGUCCAUGUUCUACAACAUGCAUAUGGAUGAAGUCUUCAGUAUGGACGUAUUUCUUAAUUCCAGCAAGUACUUAGAAAGCUUUGAGAGUACGUUGCAGGAUUUUUCUAUAGACCUUGACAGUACCACUCUUCUGCCUGAAGAUGGAAGAUAUGCUGUUCAGAGCUUUCGAGACAGUGGCCUGGACACAAUCAACUACGAUGGACUCGAAGUGUUGAUGAGUAAAUCUGUGGUGAAGAGAGAUCUAGCAGCUUUUGCAGAUGAACUGGACACAGUAGCAGCACUUCCUGAAAAUGAAGCAAUCAGGGAUGAUAUGCAAAGAGAAGCGAAUCAUGCCAGAUACCUCAAUGCAGUGGUUCAGGAGCAGAACACAGACAGAAGCAGGAUGAACUCUAGUGUGGAGGCACUUACUAUCAUUAGUCAAGACUACAAGACCAAUGCUAAUAAUACCCUACAGUACACCAGUGAGACUCAAGCUGCUCUUCAUAAUGAGGGUUCUUACAUCAUAGCUAAUGUGUCUUUGUGUGCAAUGAACAAGGCAGAGGAGCUACUACAACACUACAUGAACUGGGUUAGACAUGCGAUUAUAUCAGAAGUUCUGGAUUGUCAGUGGCUCUCUGUGUCUCUGAGCAAUGUAUACACAGCAACCUGUGAGAAUGUGAUUGAUCCUUGGAAUGCAUUCUGGCUCUGUCUUGGAUGGUGCUGUGCAUGCCUGGUUCUUGGUGUGAUCUUUUGCAUAUUCACAUCUAGAUUAUUAGAGCUUCUGCCCAGCAAUAAAGCACUAUUCUAUGUGCCAGAGGAUAUCUUCAAUACAGAAACUCAACCUACAAGCUACAAGACAAAGGAUUAUAUGGAGGAAGGAUGAAGAUAUUGAGAACAUCAAAUCCAACAUCUAAUUUAUGGAUGAACUUUGAUGAAUCUUAAAAAUGUACAGAAUUGCACUGCAAAAGUAUAGGAUGAAGGAAACACUUAAAAGCAAAAUAAAAUUGCCACCAAAACAUUAUGAGGUUACACAGGAAUGAGAAAACAACACAUUUUGUUCACUGCAACUAAUAUUGCUAUUUCUGUAGACACUAUUCAGUAUGAUACAUAAAAAUGUCCUUUGUCCUUCUACAUGUUUUUGGGUUGUGAAAGUAUGAAUUAAUGGUCUACAUACAACUUCAGUGGGUUCCUUUGAACUUUGUUCAUGUUUUUUGUGUCAUAUGAGGUCAUUUUCUUUUUCUUAAAAUAAUUAAACAUACAAAAUAAGCUAUAACAAAAAAAAGACAAUUAUUGCACAUUGCAAAGCCUCAUAUUGUUGUAUUGAAUUAAUUUAGCAUUAGCUUGACUAUAUGAGCUAUAGAAAAUCUUUGUAUCCCUUCGUAUCAUAUCCCUAGAUGGCAGUAGACCACAAUCAUUCAUAUCCCUCAAGUAAAUGGGUUACUAUGUUACACACCAUAAUGGACACUUUUCACAUUUUGGAAUUUGGGACACGGACGUAAACUACAGAUGGAUACACUGUCUUCUAUAGAGGUAAAUGGGAGACCAUAGCAAAUACUGUAUAACUUUGUGAAAGUCACUUCACUACACUAAAUACCAGAGCUGGGUGAUGGACUCCCAAAUCUGUUUUGAGACAUCUUCUCAGCUCAGACAAGAUAUUGGAGUCUGGCUAAAAAUUUAUAUGUGUGAACAGCAGAUGCAAAAAAACAAAAACAAAUGCCUAACAUUAAUCUGAGUCUAGUUUUGAAACUAGUUCUGGGCUUUCUGCUCCAACAUCUCCAACCGUCAGACACAGGAACAGUUUUUUCCCUCAGGCCAUCCAUCUAAUGAACAAUUAAAUUGCCCCAUUGAGCAAUAAUUAUGUGCAAUACACAGUCUAAUUCUAUUUUUAUUAUCCAACAUAUCCACUUCUGCCAUUACUUACAUUGCUCUGUACAUAAUAUACUGUUUUUGUUCUUUAUAUAUAGAUUGUAAUAGAUUUGCACUACGUGUGUGUAUGUGGGUAUGUAUGAAGGUGAGUGUAUGUACGUAUGUAUAAUUAUUUAUUUUGUGUUCUUUUUUGUUUUUAAUUACCUAUGUCUUGCUGCUGUUUUUGGUAUUGUUUGUAUUGUUGUUGACUGGAAGCUCCUGUCACCUAGACAAAUUCCUUGUAUGUGUAAGCAUACUUGGCAAUAAAGCUGAUUCUGAUCUAAUCU